AGUAAUAAAGUACGUCAAAUAAAAAUAAUUAAAAAAUUACCGAAACUGAAAUACAUACUUGGAUGGAAAAUCAUAAUCUCUUUGAAAAUAAAAAAGUUAUUAUCGGUUCAACGAAAUAUAUUUCUGCGUGUAUUCUUGACUUUUCAAUCCCCAAACGAGCAAGACGUCUCCGCAAAAAUAUGUUUAUAAAUACUUUUAAGAUUUUCAACUCAAGUGAAUUCAUGCUGCAUAUAUCAAUAAGAGAUAACGAAAUAAUAUUGAUAGAUGAGAGGAUCCAACUAUAGAAUAUAAUUCAUUCUACAUUGCGUAGAAUAGUCAAGUGCAACGAGAGUACUGCAGGAUGUCUUCAAAAACCAGAUUUCGAAUUGGCCACCCUGAAAAAUAUUUCCUCCCAUAUUUCUGACUCUUGGGCGAGAAACCAACAUGGCGUCUUCAAAGGGAGUGGAAUUGGAUGAGCUUCUAAACGAUUUGCAGCCAGUGACACUGAAGGAUCGCAUCUUGCUCUCGCCGUACACGAAGUUCGUCUUACCGACGAUUUUAAUAGCCCUCGUCGUGCCGAUCUCCGUUUACGGAUUUAUGAUGCCACUGGUAGAUGUAAAUGGGCCCAGGGAUGCAACUUGCCACAUUUAUACGAGUUACUAUGUCGAUUGCUUGCCUGGGAAAAAUGUAACUUACGAGAUGUGCUACGAAGUCGGAUGCUGUUGGUCAGAUCUCUGGAAAAUAUGCUUCCACUCUAUCCCCAGUCGAUAUGGAUACAUUUCCACCAAUGAAACCAUAGGACGUGGUGAAGUUCUGAUGCCCAAACAAGAGUAUAGUCCCCUUGGAAGCAAAAAUGAAAAAGUCUCUUUGCACAUUCAGAGGUUAGAUGAGAAUCACUUGAAAAUUUCUUUGGGAAUCGAAAAUGUCACGCGGGAAGAGGUUUCCAAAAAUCCGAGAGGAAGAAUCCCUUCAAAGUCAAAACGAGAUCUAGCUGACAUGGAAUUUCUGAAAGUCGAUGAGAAAUUUCCAAAAUUUCUUCGCUUUAAAUUCCCUGAAGAAGAUUCGACGAGAAGAAGCGUCGCAACGAAAUUUGACGACCCGUUGAAUUUGGCAGUCUAUGUUCUUUAUCCGGAUUUUUCGGUUCUUGUGAAAAGAAUCAAUUCGACAAACAAUUCGAGCUCUACUGUGUUUUCCACGGCCAGAGGCCCUUUAAUUGUUACGAGGUCUUAUUGGGAAUGGAGUCUGUACUUUACGAAUGGUAAAUUGUACGGUCUGAACAAUGGCAGUUUAAAUGGAACCAUUAAUUCGGUUUAUAACAACGAAAAUGGUACGAUGAGGCCGGCAUUUCUUGCCAUUGACGAAUUAGGCCAAGCAGUUACCUGUUUUAUCGACUUCAAAGGACCUUUAGAAAUCCAGGUGCUCAAUGGUUCCAAUUUAGUGAUUCUUCGAGGUCUGCACCUGCCCGAAAAAAUCGACAUCCACGUUUUCACAGGGCCUACACCUUUGGAAGCAGUUAAACAAAUCACGAAAGCACAAUUUUCGGAAAACUCAGAGUCGCCCUUUCUGCCCUAUGGGAUGCACAUAUGUCCAAACGGGUAUUUGAAAUCCAUAAAAGACGAACAAUCAAGACUGGAAAAUCUUCUGAAGACUGACGAGGUGCCUUGGGACUCCCAUUGUCUUCACCAGAACUUGCGUCCAACCUUAAGUCACAUUUUGAGCAACGAGGAGAAAAAAGCAAUAAAAUCGGUGGGAGAUUUAUUAAAAAGCCACGGGAAAAAAUUCGCCCCUCAUCUGAGCCCCAUGGUGGUAUGGAGUUGCAGUCGCUUGGCCUUUUGUCGCCAUUUUGCCGGAAUUUCUGCCUGGAGGAUCGAAUUUGCCAGCUAGCUCGUCUUCGAGUGCAGCCAAGCUGAUGAAAAUGCGAUCAUCUCUUGUCAGCUAUCAGCACUCUACGAUGGCGAAGUUUAAGAGAGACGGACGCCCCAUUAUGGCGCCGAUGGAUCUCCAUUACCCUUUGAAGAAACGCGUCUUCGAUAUACCUGAUCAAUUUAUGUGGGGAGAUAGCAUGCUCGUUGGUCUAGUGACUUCUUUGAGAGCAGUCCACGUGGACCUAUGGCUUCCGGAAGUGCAUCCAUGGCGACACUUUCAAGGAGGUUCACCUGUCCGUCCAAACCUCGAAGAAAAGUCAAUUAUAACAAUUGCACCUGGACAAAUAGCCCUUCUUCUCAGACCAGGUCGAGUGAUUCCAGUUCACGAGCAAACCUCCAUGACGUCCAUGGAGACCAUGAAACAGGACUUCAGCCUUUUCGCGAAUUUAAUUCCGGAUGGACAAUGGGACGCAGUAGGAGAGGUGUUUUAUGGACAAGACUAUAUGAAUGGGACAUUUAUGUCAAUUUAUAUUACCAACACGACUUUGACACUGGGGAAUCUGGAAGCUGUCAGAGAAUUCGCAUGCCAGGAUGUUAAAACGCAGUCCACAGUAAUAAAAGUCCUGAAUAUCCUCGGCGUAGAGUCAUACAACAUAGACAAAGAUUUUUGCAUCACACAAGGAGCGGAACUAAAAUUUAUUUAUCGUUAAUAUACGGAUUUAUUGAAAUAACUGAUGCGAGUGGACGAGCGAGAAAAUUCCUAAAGCUCGGGUGGAAUGUUUAAUUAAUUAUAUGUUAUUGUUUAAGUAAGUAACAACAUAGACAAAGAUUUUUGCAUCACACAAGGGGCGGAACUAAAAUUUUUUUAUCGUUAAUAUACCGAUUUAUUGAAAUAAGUUAUGCGAUAGGACGCGUAAGAAAAACCCAAAAGCUCGGGUGGAAGGUGUAAUUAAUUAUAUGUUAUUGUUUAAGGGAACGUAAUAACAUAGACAAAGAUAUUUACAUUAUGCAGAGAGCGGAACUAAUAUUUAUUUAUCGUUAAUAUACGGAUUUAUUGAAAUAACUGAUGCGAGAGGACGCGUGAAAGGUGCCAAAAGCUCGGCUGGGAUGUGUAAUUAAAUAAUAAUGUGUAAUUAAUUAUGCGUUGUUUAAGCGAACGUAACAGCAUAGACAAAAAUUUUUGCAUCUCACAGGGAACGAAAUUGAUAUUUAUUUGUCGUUAAUAUAUCGAUUUAUUGAAAUAAGUGAUGUGAGGAGACGCGUGAAAAAUUUCCAAAAGCUCGAGUCGAAUGUAUAAUUAUACAGUAAUGUGUAUCUAAUUAUACGUUAUUAUUUAAAUGAACGUAAUAACAUAAACAACGAUUUUUGCAUCACGCAUGGAGCGAAAUUGAAAUUAAUUUAUCGUUAAUAUAUCGAUUUAUUGAAAUAAGUGACGCGAAAGGACGCGUGAGAAAGUGCCAAAAGCUCGGGUGGAAUGUGUAAUUAAUUCGUUAUUGUUUAAGUAUAAGUAACAAAUAGGCAAAGAAUUUUGCAUCACACUGGGAGUGGAAUUAAUAAAUCAUUUCUUUGGUGCUA